UCAUCCCCAUACCACCAUUUUGAGAUUAGCGCACAUUGAGUGACAAACAGCCUGUCGUUAAUUGAAAAUGUCUGACCAGCUUUGCAAACUUUUUGUCGGGGGCCUAAACGUGGACACCGACGACGAUGGCCUGCGCAAGCAUUUUGAGCAGUACGGAUCGCUUACCGACUGCGUUGUUGUCGUGAACAAGCAGCUACAGCGAUCCCGCUGUUUCGGCUUUGUAACCUACUCCUCGCCUGAGGAGGCCGAUGCAGCAAUGGCGGCUAGGCCUCACACAGUCGACGGAAACUCGGUCGAGGUGAAGCGUGCCGUUGCGAGAGAAGACGCCAACAAGCCAGAGGCCCUCGCAAAGGUGAAGAAAAUCUUCGUUGGCGGUCUGAAAGACGAUAUCGAAGAGGAACAUCUGAGCGACUACUUCUCUCAGUACGGCCAAAUCGAGAAGGCCGAAGUCAUCUCGGAGAAGGAGACCGGAAAGAAGAGGGGCUUCGGCUUUGUUUACUUCACCGAUCACGACGCAGCCGACAAAGCAGUUGUAGUGAAGUUUCAUACCGUCAAUGGACACAAAGUUGAGGUGAAGAAAGCCCUGACCAAGCAGGAAAUGCAGGCGGCCAACAGAACCGGCAUGGCGCCGAGAGGCAGAGGUAGAGGAGGCAUGAGGGGAAAUCAAAAUGGCUACGGCAGCAGGGAGUACGGCGGAAACUACAACUACGGAAAUGGCGGAGGCUACAACGGUGGCGGCGGCGGUGGCGGCUACGGAGGUUACGGCGGACCUUAUGGGGGUGGUUACGGAGAGCAGACAAGUGGCUACGGCGGUGGAAACGGCUACAACGAGUUUGGCAGCGGGUAUGGCCAGCAUUCUUCUGGUUACGGCCCCAUGAAAGUGCCACCCUUCGGCGGUCAAAGGAGCGCUGCUCCCUACACCAGAGGCGGCGGCGGUGGGGGCUACCCCAGGGGGGGCUACGGCGGCGGCUACUAAAUGAGUCUACACAAAUUAACCACCCCCACCCCUGCCAUAAAUUACCUCCAGCCAGGAUUUGGACGCCAAAAUCAAAUUCAGUAACGGGGCGUCUGCCGUGAAAUCCAACAAUGGCAGAGAUACGGACACAGAGACCCCCUAACCUUCAGACCUCAAACCCCAAACAGGUUGCUACGGUAACCUGGGAACGAGGACAUCACCCUGAAAACGAUGGGGUGUGUUUCUCCACGACUGGGGGACCGGAGAGUGGUUGUGCCGUCUCCCCCUCAGGUGAAGUCAGUUUUCACAAGGAUUCCCCAGUGUGGUCUAAAUGCAUUUUGAAGAGCCUAACAUGGGUUUUAUUCUAAACCGUUUUAUUGAGGAUUUGGUAGGUUAUAAAGUUUAGGGGAAUUUUGAUAACGCAGUGUCCCAGUGCAAUUGUAAAUGUUCUCUUCCCAGUGACCAACCAGCACUGACUAUUAAUAAUGGAUCUACAAAGUGCUAUAUUGGAGUGAUUGUGUCCUUGAUUAAAAAGACUUACAGGCAAGUAUUAUUAAACUAAGUCAUAAACAUUUUAUGCAAUUUUUAAGUGUUCUAUUCUUUUAAUCCCCCUUUGACCUCCAGAUUUAUUAGGACAUCUUACUCUGAUGCUGAUGAUGACCUGGGAGAAUUUGCACUUUGGGCACUGUGGGAUUCAAAAUAAAAUGUUUGAUUACACUGUUGGUUUUUUUUAUAUAUAAAGUCUAAAGUUUUAUUUAAAAUUGAAUAACAGGUUGUUUGUGUGUGAGUUUGGCACUAACGUAGUCUUCCAAAUACCUGAACUUUUUCUUUCUGUGGAAAACCAUAUUUUGCAUGUGCCCCCAACGUAACCUAACAGCUUUGAGGUUUAACAUGCUUUGUCUGCAGAUGUUUCAAGACCAGGAUCAAUGGUGGAAAGUCUCAUGCUUGCACAACCCCAUGUGUCUUACAGUAACUUAAUCAGGAAGUAGUGCUUUUUUUUUUUGAAUGAGCUGAAGUAACUCUAAAGCUCAACAUUGAACUGCAUGAUGAACAAACACAUCUGACAGAUUAACCUUGACUUUCUUCCUGGAUUUAGCAUUGGUGCCUUGAUUGUGAGAACAGCCACUGCAAUUGGAGAAAAUUUGAAUGUACACUUCAUGUCUUUGCUGGAAGGAUAUGAAAAAACAAGCCAACCCUCAACAUAUACCAAAAGUACCCCUUUGUUUAAUAAAAUUGGAGGAAGGGCAUUUUUAAAUCCUGUCUGAUGUACUGACUAUUCAGGAGCACCAGUGGCACCUAACUCGCUACGUCAUGUGUGACAAACCUGUUUAAGUGAUUCUGUCGUGGGGAGUGGAGUGAAAAUUUUACUUUUGUUCUCUUACCUUUUUAUAGGAUACUGUUGCUUGACGAUUUCUGAUCAUCCCAUAGGAAAAGGAAGCCUGUUAUGUUGGCUGUGCUUUUUAUAAAUCUACAAUAAAUUAUAUAUUUUUA